CCUGUUCUCGCGGCUCAGCGCUCAGAGUUUGACAGUUCUCCCGCCAAUGUGAUCUCCAGCCAGUUUAGCUAGAGGGCUUUGCCCUCGCCACCCUCCUUUGGCUCCCUGCUGCCACGCUAACUCUCUCCAGUCUUCCGCUCCGCUCACUCUCUCUUCUCCGAAGAAAACACAAACCUCUCCUAUUCAAACUUUGGGGGGGUCUCGGUUUUCUGGCCUGAGGGAAGCUCCAGCCUGCCGAAGCAGAGCAUUUGGUGUCGGGUUAGGCGCGUGGGCUUGGCCAUGGCUGAGGCAGGACAACCUGAGAAAGCGUCUGCAGUUGACGAGUUCACUGAUAUUAUCAAGAGCAGAUCUGAUGAAAGGGAAGAUGUUCAAAAGAAAACAUUCACAAAAUGGAUAAAUGCACAGUUUUCUAAGUUUGGUAUUCAUCCAAUUGAAGAUCUCUUCAAAGAUUUGCAAGAUGGUCGGAAGCUUUUGGAGCUCCUGGAAAGUCUUAUAGGCCAAAAACUUGGGAAAGAAAAGGGCUCCACUAGAGUUCAUGCCUUGAACAACGUCAAUAAAGCACUACAAAUCUUGCAGAAAAAUAAUGUAGAUUUGGUAAAUAUUGGCAGUACAGAUAUUGUGGAUGGAAAUCAUAAAUUGACCCUUGGAUUGGUCUGGAGUAUAAUUCUGCACUGGCAGGUAAAAAAUGUUAUGAAAAACAUCAUGGCUGGACUGCAACAAACAAACAGUGAAAAGAUCUUGUUAAGCUGGGUUCGUCAAUCAACUCAGAACUAUCCACAGGUCAAUGUUUUUAAUUUCACCAAUAGCUGGUCUGAUGGUUUGGCUGUCAAUGCACUCAUACACAGUCACAGGCCAGAUCUCUUCAAUUGGGAUGAUGUGGUUUAUCAACAGUCCCCUGUGCAGCGAUUAGAUCAUGCGUUCAAUAUAGCUAAACAACACCUGGGAAUUGAGAAACUCCUUGAUCCUGAAGAUGUUGCAACAACUUAUCCUGACAAAAAAUCCAUCUUAAUGUAUGUGACAUCACUUUUCCAAGUCCUGCCCCAGAAGGUUACUCUAGAAGCCAUCCAUGAAGUUGAAACAUUGCCACAGGAAGUAAAGCACAUUAGAGAACAACAAAUCCAAUUACAUCCACAACGGUUUUCUCAACAGAUCAAAGUCAGUGUAGCAGAGGGCCAUGUGCACACCCUUUCACCUAAGCCUCGUUUCAAAAGCUAUGCGUACACACAAACUGCUUAUGUCAUGUCCUCUGACCAAAAAGGGAGGAUAUUCCCUCCACAGCAUUUUGAAAGUCAAGAACAGAAGUUAUUUGCAACUUCACCCAUGAGUUCAGAAACAGACCUAGAAAGAUACCAAACUGAAUUAGAAGAAGUCCUCUCAUGGCUUCUGUCUGCUGAAGAUUCAUUGCAAGCACAAGGAGAGAUCUCCACUGAUGUAGAGGAAGUUAAAGAACAGUUUCACACGCAUGAGGGUUUUAUGAUGGAAUUAACUGCUCACCAAGGACGUGUUGGUGAUAUUUUGCAAGUAGGCAGCCAACUUUUGGGAACAUUUGGAAAGCUUUCAGAAGAUGAAGAAAAUGAAAUACAAGAACAAAUGAAUCUUCUAAAUUCACGCUGGGAAAAUCUCAGAGUCACAAGUAUGGAAAGACAGAACAAUUUACACCAAGUUCUAAUGGAUUUACAAAACCAACAGCUCACUGAGCUAUCUGACUGGUUAGCUAAAACAGAAAAAAGAACAGCAAAGAUGGAGUCAGAACCUUUGGGGCCUGAUCUAGAAAGCUUAAAGAAGCAGGUGGAAGAACAUAAGAUUCUUCAAGAAGACUUAGAACAGGAACAAGUCAAGGUUAAUUCACUCACUCAUAUGGUAGUUGUAGUUGAUGAAGCUAGUGGAGAUAGGGCUACAGUUGCAUUAGAACAAAAACUUCAGCAUUUAGGAAACUGUUGGGCAACAAUCUGUAGAUGGACAGAGGACCGUUGGUUCAUUCUGCAAGAUGUUCUUCGAAAAUGGUUGCAAUUUAUUGAAGAACAGGGUCUUUUGGAUGCAUGGUUUACUGAAAAGGAAGAAUUUGUGACCACUCUGCAUACUACCGAUUUCAAAGACCAGAAAGAAAUGUUGGAAAAUCUACAAAAAUUGACUAUCUUGAAAGGAGAAUUGGAAAUCAAGAGACAAUCAAUGGAUAAACUGACUUCCCUCAGCCAGGAUCUCCUUUCAGCAGUAAAAAGUAAAGGAUUAUCACAAAAACUGGAAGGGUGGCUAGAAAACAUUAGUCACCGCUGGGAUAGUUUGGCAGAGAAGCUAGAGGGCAGUUCUAAGCAGAUUUCACAAGCUGUUGCUGCCACUCAAACAUCACUAACACAAACCACAGUAAUGGAAACUGUGACUAUGGUGACCACCAGAGAGCAGAUCCUGGUUAAACAUAGUAAAGAGGAGCUCCCACAAGUGCCACCUCCCAAGAAGAGGCAAAUUGUUGUGGAUUCAGAAAUUAGGAAAAGAUUUGAUGUUGAUACAACAGAACUUCAUAGUUGGAUGACUCGUUCAGAAGCUGUACUACAGAGUCCUGAGUUUGCAAUAUAUAGAAAAGAAGGAAACCUAUCUGAUCUCAGAGAAAAAGUUAAUAUCAUAGAAAGAGAAAAACCUGACAAGUACAGGAAGCUUCAAGAUGCCAAUAGAUCAUGUGAGGCCCUCGUGGAACAGAUGGUGAAUGAUGGGCUUAAUGCUGACAACGUCAAACAGGCUUCAGAACAGUUAAACAGUCGGUGGAUUGAGUUCUGUCAGUUACUGAGUGAAAGACUGGCAUGGUUGGAGUACCAAAACAACAUCAUUGCCUUCUACUCUCAGCUGCAGCAAUUGGAGAAGACAGUAAUUACUGUUGAAAAUUGGAUGAAAGCACAGCUCUUACCGUCAGCAGAUCCUGAUGCAGUGAAAACACAGUUAGAUAGGUGCAAGGAUGAAGUGGUCAGUUUUUCAAGCAUUCAACCUCAGAUAGAAAAACUGAAGGUACAAGGCAAAGCACUAAAAGAGAACCAGCAGUGUCCAGUGUUUUUGGAAGCAGAUCUUGUUGCCUUUAGUAAUCAUUUCAUUCAAGUGUACAAUGAUUUGAAAGCUAGAGAAAAGCAGCUACAAACAACUUUUGAUAUUUUGCCAUCUGUACAGUAUAAAGAAAUUAUGAACACAAUUCUCUUGUGGAUACAACAAUCAGAAACAAAGCUCUCCAUCCCACAAGUUACUGUCACAGAUUUAGAAACCAUGGAGAAAAGGCUCAGGGAGCUAAAGGCCUUACAAAGUUCUCUGCAAGAACAGCAAAAUGGAAUCAAUUAUUUAAGCACAACUGUAGAAGAGAUGUCUAAGAGAGCUCCUGCAGGGGUCAGUCAGAAGUAUUGGUCAGAAAUUGAGGUAAUCCUUAAUCAUUGGAAGAAGUUAUCAACUCAGCUGAUGGAAAAUUGUCACAAACUUGAGGAACAGAUAACAGAGUUGAAGCAGUUCCAGAAUGACACAAAAACCCUGAAAAAAUGGAUGGCUGAAGUGGAUAUUUUUCUAAAUGAAGACUGGCCAGCACUUGGAGAUUCAGAAACACUAGAGAAACAAUUAGAACAGUGUACAGCUUUGGUGAAUGACAUCCGGACAAUCCAGCCCAAUUUAAAUAGUGUUAAUGAGAUUGGACAAAAAAUGAAGACGGAAGCAGAGUCAGAGUUUUCUUUGAAAUUACAGAAUGAUCUUAAAACACUGAAUGCUGAAUGGGAUAAUAUUUGCCAACAGGCCUAUGCUAAGAAAGCAGCAUUGAAGAAUAGUUUGGAUAAGAUUGUAAGUCUACGAAAGGAUUUGUCAGAAAUGCAUGAGUGGAUUACACAAGCAGAAGAUGAAUAUCUGCAGAGGGAUUUUGAAUACAAAACACCAGAUGAACUGCAGAAAGCUGUUGAAGAAUUAAAGAGAGCAAAAGAAGAGGCCCAACAGAAAGAGGUGAAAGUAAAACUUCUCACUGAUUCUGUGAACAAUUUUAUAGCAAGGGCUCCACCUGCAGUUCAUGAGGCUUUGAAAAAAGAACUUGAUGUUUUAACUAAGAAUUAUCAGCGACUGUGCAGCAGGCUAAAUGGAAAAUACAAAACACUGGAGGAAAUAUGGGCAUGUUGGCAUGAGCUACUGUUGUAUUUGGAUAUCGAAAACAAAUGGUUGAAUGAGCUGGAAUCCAAAAUCAAGGCAAUAGAAAAUAUUCAAGAAGGUACAGAAGAGAUAUCAGUAGCACUAAAUUCUCUGGAAAUAUUAAGGCAGCAUCCAGAAGAUAAUCGCAAUCAGAUUUGUGAAUUGGCACAAACUUUAACAGAUGGUGGAGUUUUGGAUGAAUUGAUCAACGAGAAACUUGAAAAAUUCAAUGUUCGGUGGGAAGAGCUACAACAGGAGGCUGUGAGAAGUCAGAAAUUUCUUGAACAAAGUAUCCACUCUGCUCACGAGAUUGACAAAACCCUUCAAUUAAUUCAAGAGUCUCUGGCCUUCAUUGAUCAACAAUUAAUAGGAUAUAUUACAGACCGAAUUGAUGCAGCACAUGUACCUCAAGAAGCACAGAAAAUUCAGUCAGAGUUGACAAGCCAUGAGAUUACCUUGGAUGAAAUGAAGAAACGUAACCAGGGUAACCAUUCUGCCAAAAGGAUGUUCUCUCAAAUUGAUAUUACACAGAAAAAAUUACAAGAUGUCUUUAUGAAAUUCCGCUUGUUCCAAAAGCCAGCCAAUUUUGAGCAGCGAUUACAAGAAAGUAAAAGAAUUUUAGAUGAAGUAAAAUUGCAAGUGCCAAAGUUGGAAUGGAAAAGUAUUGAGCAGGAAGCAAUGCAGUCAGAGCUGGAUAAAUGUAUGAAAUUAUAUAAAACUCUUAGUGAAGUGAAAUCUGAAGUGGAAACAAUAAUAAAAACUGGGCGUCAGAUUGUACAGAAACAGCAAACCGAAAAUCCCAAAGAACUAGAUGAAAGGCUGACAGCUUUGAAAUUACAGUAUAAUGAUUUGGGUGCCAAGGUAACAGAGAAAAAGCAAGAACUAGAGAAAUGUUUGAAAUUAUCUCGGAAACUCAGAAAGGAAAUGAAUGCUCUGACAGAAUGGCUGGCAAUGAUAGAUUCAGAACUGACAAAGAGAUCAGCGGUAGAAGGAGUGCCUAUCAAUUUAGAUGCUGAACUUGCCUGGAGCAAGGGAACACAGGUAGAGACUGAAAAACGACAGCAUCAGUUGAAGAUUAUCACUGACUUGGGAGAGGGACUGAAAAUGGUGCUUAAAGAGAAAGAAACAUUGGUGAAUGAUAAACUCAGCCUUCUCAGUAGUAACUGGAUUGCAGUAACUUCACGAGCUGAGGAAUGGUUUAAUUUGCUGCUGGCAUAUCAGAAACAUAUGGAAACAUUUAUUCAAAAUGUUGCUAAUAUCACCACAUGGAUGUAUCAAACAGAAAUACUCUUAAAUGAAUCUGAAACCCAAAGCCCUCAGCAGAGAGCCAAUAUUCUUAAGUGCUUAAAGGGUGAGCUAAAUGAUAUGCAUCCAAAGGUAGACUCUGUUCGUGACCAGGCAGUUGACUUGAUGACAAACCGUGGAGUUCACUGCAGGAAAGUAAUAGAGCCUAAACUGAUAGAACUCAACCAACAGUUUACAGCAGUAUCAGAAAGAAUUAAAUGUGAAAAGCCCUUCAUUUCUUUAAAGGAAUUGGAGCAGUUUAACUUUGACAUACAAAAAUUGCUUGAACCACUGGAGGCUGAAAUUCAGGAGGGGGUGAAUCUGAAAGAAGAAGACUUCAAUAAAGAUAUGAGUGACAGUCAUGAGGGCGCUAUAAAAGAAUUACUUCAACGUGGAGAUAUGCUUCACCAAAUGAUCAAGGAUGAACAAAAAAGAGAAGAAAUAAAAAAGAAACAGCAUUUGUUGCAAAACAGACAUAAAUCUGUCAAGGAUAUGAGAUCGCAAAAAAGGAAAAAAGCUUUGGAGAUUUCACAUCAGUGGUAUCAAUAUAAGACGCAGGCAGAUGAUUUAAUGAAGUUCCUGGAUGACAUAGAAAAAAAAAUAUCAGUCCUGUCAGAUCCCAUUGAUGAACAUAAAUUAAAGGAUAUUGAUCAAGAAGUGGAGAAGAAGAAGGAACAGCUGAAUGUGGUACAGAGGCAAGCUGAUCGCUUGUCUAAGGAUGGGGCUGCAAAAGCAGUGGAACCAACUCAGAUACAGCUCAGCAAGCGCUGGCAAGAUAUUGAGAGCAAAUUUGCUCAGUUUCGAAGACUCAACUAUGCACAAAUUCAAACUGUUCAUGAGGAGACUACUGUACUGAUGACUGAAGGUAUGCCAAUGGAAAUUUCUUAUGUGCCUUCUGCAUACCUAGCAGCGAUCCAACAGCAUCUACAAGCUUUGUCCACCUUGGAAGACUUCCUUAAUUCUCCCACCCUUCAGGGAAAGGACUAUGAAAAUCUUGUUAGAAAAGAUGAUGAUUUCAAAAAAAUUAAGGACACCAUAGAGACAUAUUCAAAUCAAAUUGAAAUCAUUCAGAACAAGAAGCCUGCAGUUCUGAAAAGUGCCACACCUGGUGAAGCUAUGAAAAUUGAGGAAAAGCUAACUCAGCUUACUUUCCAGUGGGAAAAAAUUAAGAUAUAUUGGGAUCGACAGGCAAAAUUUGACACAUCAUUGGAAAAAUGGAUAAAUUUCCAUCAUGAUAUGAAGAAUUUUAACCUAUGGCUAACCGAAAUAGAACAAACUUUAGCUAAAAUAAGAGUAGAAACUGAGGAUCCAAAUGUUUCUAAAAGCAAGCAAUACAUCCAGGAUCUUCAGGAUGACAUUGGGAGGCAGCAAGCUGUUGUCAGAACUUUGAACAUAGUUGGAGAUGAGAUUAUUGAGCAAUCAUCAGCAACAGAUGCCAGCAUUUUAAGAGAAAAAUUGGACAGCUUGAAUUUCCGAUGGAAGGAAGUCUGCAGGCAGUUUGCAGAGAGAAAAAAGAGAUUUGAUGAGGAACAGCAUCUUCUGGCAGAAUUACAGCAUAACUUCAAUAAGUUUAUUUUAUGGUUAAACGAAGCCAGCAGUGUUGUCAGUAUUCCAGCUGAGCCAGGAAAUGAAUAUCAGUUAAAAGCCACCCUUCAAAAAGUAAAGUUAAAAGUGGAAGAACUACCUCCACACAAGGGAAUACUGAACCAAUUAAAUGAAGCUGGAGGAAAAGCACUCAGUGUUGCAUCACUGACCCCUGAAGUAAAACAUAAGCUUGACAGUAGACUCAAAGAGGCCAACCAUCACUGGAUCAAGGUAUCCAAAGAUCUGCCUGACAAAGAGAAAGAAAUUGAAUGUAUAUUAAGUGACUUGAAUCAAUUUGAACAACAGUUAAGUCAGCUAAGAUUGUGGCUUACUCCCAUCAAGGAUCAAUUGGUACUAUACAAUCAAGUGGAUCAACCUGGAACUUUUGACAUUAAGGAAAUUGAAGCAACUGUAAAAUCUAAACAGCCAGAUGUGGAAGGAAUUUUGUCUAAAGGACGUCAUUUAUAUAAAGAAAAACCAGCUACUCAAUCAGUAACGAAAAAAUUGGAGGAUUUAAACACUGACUGGAAAACAGUAAAUCAUUUAAUCCAAGCUCUAAAAGAAAAUCCAAGGACUGUAGUUCCAGUUGUGCCUUUUGAGGCUGAAACUCUAGUAUCCAAGGAAACUAUCAUCUCCAAACAAGAAAUGCCAUCAUCUUUGCUUCUAGAGGUACCAGCCCUGGUUGAUUUCAAUAAGGCAUGGGCAGAUCUCAAUGACUGGCUUUCUCAAUUGGAUCGAGUGAUACAAUCCCAUAUAGUUACCGUCAGUGAUCUUGAUGAAAUCAAUGACAUGAUCAUCAGACAAAAGGCAACAUUACAAGAUCUGGAACAAAGGCACCCACAGCUUGAAGAAUUAAUAACAGCAGCCCAGAAUCUGAAAAAUAAAACUAGCAAUCAAGAGGUUCGAACAAUCAUCACUGAUCAAAUUGAAAAAAUACAAAACCAGUGGGAUGAAGUGCAAGGUCACAUUCAGAACCGAAGGCAACAAUUACAUGAAAUGUUGAAAGAUUCAACACAAUGGUUGGAAGCAAAGCAAGAAGCUGAGCAAAGACUAAAAUAUGCCAAAAUGAAGGUUGGAACAUGGAAGGAGAUUUCUUAUACAGUGGAAGGACUAAAGAAACAGAAUGCUGAGCUCAAGCAAUUUGCAAAAGAGCUACGUCAAUGGCAUAUAAAUCUGGAUGUAGCAAAUGAUUUGGCCCUUAAACUUCUUCGGGAUUACUCAACUGAUGACACCAGAAAAGUACAAAUAAUGACCAAUAAUAUUAAUGAUGCAUGGGCCACCAUUAAUAAUAGUGUUGGAGAACAAGAGGCCUCAUUGGAAGCAGCCCUAAGGCUCUUGCAACAAUUCUACUUGGAUCUGGAACAGUUUCUUGCCUGGCUUACAGAAGCAGAAACCACUGCCAAUGUCCUACAGGCUGCCACAUGUAAAGAGAGAAUCCUAGAAGAUGUUCAAGGAAUACAGGAGUUCAUGAGGCAAUGGCAGGAGCUUCAGAAAGAAAUUGAAAGCCAUACAGAUACCUUCCAUACCUUGGAUGAAAAUGGACAGAAAAUCUUGAGAUCACUUGAAGGUUCUGAUGAUGGUGCCUUGUUGCAGAGACGCCUGGAUAACAUGAACUUCCGAUGGAGUGAACUUCAGAAAAAGUCUUUAAAUAUCAGGUCUCAUCUAGAAACCAGUUCUGAUCAAUGGAAACAUCUACACUUUUCCCUUCAGGAACUUCUGGCAUGGCUACAGUUGAAAGAAGAUGAGCUAAAGCGACAGGCACCAAUUGGUGGUGAUCUUCCCACAGUACAAAAGCAGAAUGAUAUCCAUAGGGCCCUUAAGAGGGAACUAAAAAUGAAAGAUUCUGUUAUCUUGAAUGCACUUGAAACAGCCCAAAUGUUCAUAUCUGAAAAGCCUCUGGAAGGAGUGGAGAAGUUUUACCAGGAUCCGAGAGAGCUGUCUCCAGGUGAAAGAAUCCAGAAUGUGACUCGACUCCUAAAAAAGCAGGCAGAUGAUGUUAGAACAGAAUGGGAUAAAUUGAAUCUACAAUCUGACGAUUGGCAAAAAAAGAUUGAUGAAGCCCUUGAAAGACUACAAGAGCUUCAUGAGGCAAUGGAUGAUUUCGAUCUAAAACUACAUCAGGCAGAAACUGUCAAAGAGUCUUGGCAGCCAGUUGGGGAUUUGCUCAUUGACUCACUGCAGGAUCAUCUUGAAAAACUGAAGGUCUACGAAAGAGAAAUUACACCUCUUAAAGAGAACAUGAACAAUGUUAAUGGCUUAGCUCAUCAGUUUACCUCAUCUGAGAUUCCACUUUCUCCAUAUAUGCUCAAUCGGCUAGAAGACAUGAAUGGAAGAUGGAAACUCUUGCAGUUGUCCAUUGAUGAGCGUAUCAGGCAGCUGAAUGAGGCCCACCGAGAUUUUGGCCCCUCUUCUCAGCACUUUCUUUCCACUUCUGUCCAGGGCCCAUGGGAAAGGGCCAUAUCACCAAACAAAGUGCCCUACUACAUCAAUCAUGAGACGCAGACUACUUGCUGGGACCAUCCCAAAAUGACAGAGCUCUACCAAUCUUUAGCUGAUUUGAACAAUGUUCGAUUUUCAGCUUAUAGAACUGCCAUGAAGCUCCGAAGACUACAGAAAGCUCUGUGUUUGGAUCUUUUGAAUCUGUCUGCUGCAUGUGAUGCCUUGGACCAGCACAACCUCAAACAGAAUGAUCAACCAAUUGAUAUACUUCAGAUCAUUAACUGCUUAACUACCAUUUAUGAUAAAUUGGAACAAGAGCACAAUAACCUAGUCAAUGUCCCUCUAUGUGUAGAUAUGUGCCUCAACUGGUUUUUGAAUGUUUAUGACACGGGUAGAACUGGAAGGAUCCGAGUCCUGUCUUUCAAAACUGGUAUAAUUUCACUGUGUAAAGCACAUCUGGAAGAUAAAUAUAGAUAUCUGUUCAAGCAAGUUGCUAGUCCCACUGGAUUCUGUGAUCAACGUCGUCUGGGUCUCCUCCUACAUGACUCUAUCCAGAUUCCAAGGCAGCUGGGAGAAGUUGCUUCUUUUGGUGGCAGUAAUAUUGAACCCAGUGUUAGGAGUUGUUUUCAGUUUGCAAAUAACAGACCUGAAAUUGAAGCAGCUCUUUUUCUGGAUUGGAUGAGACUUGAACCACAAUCAAUGGUAUGGCUUCCGGUUUUACAUAGAGUGGCAGCUGCUGAAACUGCCAAACAUCAGGCCAAGUGCAAUAUCUGUAAAGAAUGUCCAAUUAUUGGAUUCAGAUACAGAAGCUUAAAGCACUUUAACUACGAUAUCUGCCAAAGCUGCUUCUUUUCUGGCCGAGUUGCAAAAGGUCAUAAGAUGCACUACCCUAUGGUGGAAUAUUGUACACCAACUACUUCAGGAGAAGAUGUUCGUGACUUUGCCAAGGUAUUAAAAAAUAAAUUCCGAACAAAAAGAUACUUUGCAAAACAUCCGAGAAUGGGUUAUUUGCCUGUACAAACAGUAUUGGAAGGAGACAACAUGGAAACUCCUGUUACUCUGAUCAACUUCUGGCCAAUAGAUUCUGCGCCUGCUUCGUCCCCUCAGCUUUCACAUGAUGAUACGCAUUCACGCAUUGAGCAUUAUGCUAGCAGGCUAGCAGAAAUGGAGAACACCAAUGGAACAUAUAUGAACGAUAGCAUUUCUCCUAAUGAGAGCAUAGACGAUGAGCAUUUGCUAAUCCAGCACUACUGCCAAAGUUUGAACCAGGAAUCACCACUCAGUCAACCUCGAAGUCCUGCUCAGAUUUUAAUUUCUUUAGAAAGUGAAGAAAGAAGUGAGCUGGAGAGAAUCCUUGCAGACUUGGAGGAAGAAAAUAGAAACCUGCAGGCGGAAUAUGACCGGUUGAAGCAGCAACAUGAUCACAAAGGCCUAUCUCCACUUCCAUCCCCACCUGAGAUGAUGCCCAUUUCACCACAGAGUCCACGAGAUGCUGAACUCAUUGCAGAAGCCAAGUUGCUUCGUCAACACAAAGGCCGCCUAGAAGCCAGGAUGCAGAUCCUGGAGGAUCACAACAAACAGCUAGAAUCGCAGCUAUAUAGGCUAAGACAGCUAUUGGAACAGCCUCAAGUUGCAAAAGUGAAUGGUACAACCCAGUCUUCUCCUACCUCAGUACAGAGGUUGGAACAUAAUCAGCCAAUGCUUCUCCGUGUUGUUGGUAGUCAGACUACAGAAUCUAUGGGUGAGGAUGAUCUACUAAGUCCUCCCCGGGCCACAACCACAGGGUUAGAAGAGGUCAUGGAACAGCUUAACAAUUCCUUCCCAAGUACAAGAGGCAACAAUGUAGUUAGCCUUUUCCACAUGGCAGAUGACUUGGGCCGAGCAAUGGAAACCUUAGUAACAGUGAUGACUGACAACAAAUUAGUAGAAUAACAAGUUCUAUUUUACAACUUCAGGCAUAACCUGCAUGGUUUUUAUAAUAUUCAUAUGACGGAGGAUUAGACUAUAAGAGUUUACAUGAAAACAAAUCUAUAUUUUUGUGAAGGAUAGUGGUACUAUACUGUAGAUUUCAGUAGUUUCUUAAGUCUGUUAUUGUUUUGUUAACAAUGGCAGGUUUUACACAUCUAUGCAAUUGUACAAAACAUAAAGAAAACUACAUGUAAAAUCUUGACAGCUAAAUAACUUGCCAUUUCUUUAUAUGGAACGCAUUUUGGGUUGUUUAAAAAGAAUUUAUAGCUGUUAUAAAAAAAGAUUGUAAACGAAGUGUGCUUUAUAAAAAUGUUUAUAUAAAUCCCUAUAAAAACAAAGAAAAAAAUGAGGCAGUGCAUUUGUUUAGCAUCACUUCAGCUUGAUAAUUAUACCCGACAGAUAUUCAUGUUCUGUGUUCUUUUCCUUAAAAUCAAACAGAAUUUCUGCAACACCAGUCAGCCUACAUUUCUUCUUGUAUGUGACUAGCUCUUGCUUUAGUUAUUAUUUUCCAAAGCUUCCAGUUGAGAUAGCUUUCCAUGUCCUGAGCAAGUCUAUCCAACAAGAAUUAUCCAGCUAGCUGGCAAUAAUAUGAAAGAGCACAUUACAUGACAAAUAUCAGAAUUUGCAAAAAUAAGACAAAUUGAACUCAUAUUCUAAGCUCUUAUUUCCUCUAUACUUUGGAUCUGAAUGUUAAAAGUAAACACAAAAUAGGAAUUGCCUUAUUGAAUUAUACCAGUGGACUUAGGUGUCCUUAUCCUGCCUCCGGCAUUGGCCAGCACCUUAAUGGUUCAAAGUAAAAAUAUGAUUUGCUUUCAUGCCCUGUAAUGCCACUUUUUAUCAGAUAUUCUGCAUCUGUGUUGUAUUGGGAUGAAGAUUUGACUAUAGAUACCAGUCUGUGAUCUAUUUAAUAUUUAGAUUAUUCAUAUUAUUAUUUAAUAUUUCAUUUUUAUAGAAAAAGUAUUGAGUAUAGAAAAUUGCCUAAAUUCUUUAAAACACACAAAGCACUAGUUUUUUCCUUGUAACAAAUUCCAAGGAGCCUCACCAGUUCCACACCAACAGUAAUAAAACUGAAAGUGUGACACAAUGGUAAAUAUCAACUCUAUCAGUUGUUUAAAGUAGUCACAGUGCUUCAUGAGAAGCUGAUUGUCCAAAAUGAAAUUCAGCAAUCCUACUCUACAAGUAAUGCCACACAAUUAACAAUGACUCAGGAGAGAGAUAAUAAAAAACAGAUGUUAAAAAACAGUCCCUCAAGUUUACUAUUAUAAAAUCUUGAGAUGUUGUUAACAAAAGCUUCAUCAUUUCUUUUUCUUUUUUGCACCAGCCUUUAAUUUCAUUGUCUAAAGACAGAUUUUUACCAUCUAAUAAAUGUUAAUUCUUUGCAAAAGUUAAAUCUUUUACCUCUUGUAUGGUAUAAUUAAAACACAGGAGAAAAAUAUAUUUUAUUUUUUAAUGCUAGUUAACAUUAAAUAUGGGUAGUCAUGGUAUUUCUACCUCACUUUCGUUUUGUGGUGUUCUGACAAUUAUGUAGAGAAAGUAUGCAUUGUCAACCACUUCUCCAUUGUGUAAACUGGUGUUCUUUUAAUACCAAUACAAUAUAAAUCAAUUAAAAUUUAGCAAAUCUCAAAAUCCAUACAUUUUCAUGCUUUUUUAAAGAUUUUGGGCACAAUUCAGUCUAGUAUGAGCACAGUGAUUACCCACAAAUAAAUUAGUCUAGAGUUUUAAAAAGCCCUAUUGCCUGCUCUUUCUUUAAUGAGUCUUGUAUGCAUCUUCCUGAGACAGCAAGCUUUCCCUUUCAUUCAGGAGUAUUUUCUUCACUUCUGGGGAUGCACACUAAGAUGAGCAUUAAAAGGGCUCUGUUAUGUCCUACAGGAAUCCUACUCUUUGUCAGGAUCGCACUGAUGCAAUGGUAGACUGAAUCAUAGGCUUCAUAUACGAAUGAAUAUCCUAUAUAUUUCAUAGCCUUUAUGUAAGAUUUUACAGAUUCAAUUAUAGAAUGGGGUUAUUCUUUUCUUUUAUGCCUUAAGUUCUCUUAAAUUUUAAAAGAUUUGAGACUAAUAGAGUGCACAACUAUUUUCAUCAGGGUUAUUUCUUUUUUAGACAUUAGUUUUGAAGUGAGUCUGUCAAAAAUAUUUAAAAGAGUUUAAGAGCUUUAUUACUGCUUUUAGAGAGUUUCUUUGGAACUAUUUCAUGUUCCUUAUAUCCAUACACUACUAAACUAUGAAGCAUUUUCAGCAUAACCGAAUAUUGUCUGGCAUGUUAUACCAUUUUCAUGCAGUACUGAUUUAUUGGGUAUCAUUUAUUGUGUUCUAACAUCAACACUAAUAUUUACUAAUUAUUUUUAUAAAUUUCAGUUUUACUGCAUUUUUCACAGCAUAUUGAAUUUUACCAAAUAUAUGCCUUACUUACUGUAUUAUAUACUGCUUUACUGUGUAUAUCAAUAAAGCAUGUAAUUAUGUUAUAAAGA